GGAAACCAAAAGUUAGCGUUGUGUUUCAAGUGCACUUCAGUGGAGAGCGCAGUAUCACCACCACCUCCUGCACCUGAAGGGAAAAUGUCCCGCUCGUACCAGCCUCUGCCGGACAGUGAGGGCUCAGACAAAAGGGGCUCCGCCAGCUGGGUGACAGUGGCUGUGGCAGUGGGCUGUGUGGUGGUGCUGGGCAUCCUGCUGGCUGUCGCUGUGCUGGAGAGACCGAAAGCUCCGGAGAACCAUGAGACCCUCCCGGGGAACUCCGCCGCAGAGCAGUGCAGAAUGACCCUUGUGGAGAGCAUUCCUCUACAUAUGAAAUAUGAAGCUAAUGCCACAUUUGGGGUCCCUCUGGAAACAGUCUGGGAGGAUCUGAUUUCUCUGGCAACAGAACAAGUGGAUGUGGCCUCUUUCUAUUGGACUCUAACUGGUGAAGAUAUCAAUGUCAACUCCUCCUCUGACCUACCUGGACGGGAUAUUCUGGAGAAAUUUGGAGAUUUGCCCUCCAGGAAUGUGUCUGUUCGAGUGGUGACCAGCGUUCCCUCCGUUCCUACAAACUCCACCGAUUUAGAGAUCUUGAGCCAGAAAGGAGUGCAGGUGAGGAGGGUGAACUUUGGCCGCUUGACGAAGGGCGUCCUCCACAGCAAGUUCUGGGUGGUUGACAGAAAACAUCUGUUUAUUGGAAGUGCCAACAUGGACUGGAGAGCUCUCACACAGGUAAAAGAACUGGGAGUGGUCAUUUACAACUGCUCCAGUCUUGCGGAGGACCUGCAGAAGAUCUUCCAGUCCUACUGGGUGAUGGGUCGCCACAACAGCUCCCUGCCCGAGCCCUGGCCCUCCACAUACAACACAGCCAUCAACAAAUCCCAGCCCCUAGUGGUGAAGGCCGACAACGUUUCCUCCAGACUCUACCUCUCAGCGUCUCCUCCCUCGUUCUGCCCUCCUUCGCGGACGCAGGACCUGGAGGCGAUUCUCUCCGGCAUCUCAGGGGCUGAGCGCUUCAUUGAUGUAGCUGUGAUGGAGUAUUUCCCCAGCACGCAGUUUGAGCAGCCUCGGAGAUACUGGCCGGUCAUCGAUGAUGCCAUCAGGACGGCUGCGUUCGCUCAGCAUGUCAAGGUCCGGAUGCUGAUCAGCUGUGGACGGGACUCUAACCGAGCUAUGCUGCCAUUCCUAAAAUCUCUGGCCUCACUAAACUCCCCCCGCUACAAAAUCAGCAUCCAAAUAAAAUUGUACAUUGUUCCCGUGGGAAACCAGUCUGACAUUCCCUAUUCCAGAGUCAACCACAAUAAAUUCAUGGUAACUGAUAAAGUAGCUUACAUCGGUACCUCUAACUGGUCAGCAGACUACUUCUUAACCACAGCCGGAGUGGGUCUCGUGGUUUCCCAGCAUGCCCCGCAAGCCGUGUGGAGGACCGUCCUGCAGGACCAGCUCAGACAAGUGUUUGACAGGGACUGGAACUCCCAGUUUGCUGUGCACCUCGCCGACUUGGGUCACCACCCGGACUGCUCGCUAUCAGAGGGCUAGAGAGCCUCAUUUCAGAGAGGCUCACAUGAAAACUGUACAUUAUGUGAUAUUCAAGCCAGAGUGGUGACUUAGGAAAAUGUUAUCUUCAUGUCAAAAUCAGCUGUAAAUAUCAACUUGUCUGUUUUGUUAAAAUCAUUGUCCAUGUCGUAAUUUUCAUCAUAUUCUUUGAAGUAAAUGAUAAAAUCACUAGGCAUUUUUUUUUUUUUUUUAUAAACAUAACCGUCACAUUAAAAUGGAUAAGCAUUGUAUCAUUUAUGUCAUGAACAGCUGUCUGCAUUCAUACCCUGAUGCACUUCUACCAAUGAAUAACCUCAAGUAAUAUUUCAUAAGAUUUACAUGGGAAAGGGAGCUUAAUGUUUAUUACAUUGCUCAUAUCCAAAUAUGAGUUGCAGCAUUAAAAAGAGAAAUAACUGUGUGUUGUUAUGCAUCAUGAAAUAAGUUCUGCUUUGCAUCAUGCAUCUGUUAUGCAUAAUAAAAUAAAGACAUUU